AUGAUGCAAGUCAAGAUCCUUUUUACCCUCUUCGCCGUCCUGAUGCUGAUUGUUCUGGGGGCCAAUAACUGCGAUGCUGCCGACUGCCUCUCCGGAAGAUAUAGGGGCUCUUGUCUCGUGUGGAACAUGAAAAAGUGUAGAGAUACUUGCAGGCAUGAAGGACGAACCGGAGGACAUUGCAGCACGAGUCUAAAAUGUUGGUGCGAAGGAUGCUAA